CCCAUAGCUCAACAUUUUUGCUUCUGUCUUUGAUUGGGCGACGAGCAGACCGAAGGAGCAGAUGGUACUCAUGAGCUCCGCCAACGGCCGGAGUAGCAUCAUCGACAAGAAAUGGGGCGGCUGGAGCACUUACGAGGCUGCUAGCAUCAUGCUGCACGCUGCCUCUGGCCUCAACAAGCUGCACCAGGAAGGAAUCAUCCACGGGGCCUUGGAGCCAAAGAGAAUACUGGUGUCCCGUGGUCCUCUACUGCACGUUAUGAUAGCCGACGGUGGUGUUACCCAGCCCAUCACGAAAGCCGACGACGUCUACGCCCUGGCCAAGAUCGUGCUCGAGGCGGUGCUGAAGGUGAAAACCAAGCAAACGAACCCAGACGUGCCUCUUGAUACCGCGGCCAUGGGUGCCAAGAACCAAGACACGGCCCGCGCGAUACGCGACUCCAUCACGGGCUACAACUCGACAGCCCAAGACGUCACCGCAAACAGGGAACCGUGA